AUGGCCUUUCAAGUUCCGAUCCCCAAGCCCAAUAUCGCGGCGGUGACAUCCGAUAUCUGGCCUUCCAUGUCGAAGCUCCUAAAUGCGCCUUGGAAGAAUGUCGAGCGCGGCCCUUCUCCCGGUUCUACCACUUCCCAGCGCACGCUUGGUGAAGCGAGUUCAACAAAUGCCGGGUCUGUCGUACUGCCGGAGUUCCUGCACACGGUACCCUCAACAGCUUUGAGAGCGGACGCCGUACGCCAGCCUGCGUCAUCGGGAUGGUCCCGUUCCUUGUUCAAUGAACGCUCGCUCUGGUCCUCGCCCUCCCUUGCCUCUCGUGUCUUCUCUCCGUCGUCUUUUCGUUCCUACUCCACGUCUUUGAACCGACUUCCCCACGUUUCCCGUCCUCUCGGUCUUGCCAAUCUUCAGCAACAACGGUUUCUCUUCGGCGGUCCCUCUCACGGUAUUUUAGCACAGAAGGAGAAAACCGCGAACAAUAAUCCACACAACGUCAAUGCCCAGAACUCCUUCUAUCAGGACCUCCUUCGCGCCAACAUGCCGGCGAUUGUGGUCGAGCGGUACAGGAGCGGUCAUUUCGCCAGCAACGAACUUUCGGAAGCGAUAUAUUUCAAGGCCUUGAACCUUGUUGGAGGUACUAGUCCCGCACCAAUGGCUCCCGGUUCAAAUCAGAACGUAAACAUGGAACAACUCCAGGCCAUUGGCCAGGCAGUUGCGGCUCAGAAACAUGGUGGUCAAGUGGGAUUGGCAACGAAGCAAACCGGCACUGGCGCGAAAGAAGCUCCUUUGUAUGUUGUUGUGGAAGAGUCGCUUGGAAGCACCAUAUUCCGAUGGGCCAAAUUCUUGGUGUCCUUCGCGUUUUUCGUCUACAUGUCCCUUGUGCUUGUUACUGUCUUGGUGGAAACCACGGGCGUUCUGAAGAACAUCCGGGGCUCUCAGACCAACGAGGCCCAACCGCAGCAUCAGACUGUUCGCUUCAGUGAUGUGCAUGGCUGCGAUGAAGCCAAAGAUGAGCUUCAGGAGCUCGUUGAGUUCUUGCUGAACCCGGAUCGCUUUUCUUCGCUCGGUGGCAAGCUGCCUAAAGGUGUUUUGCUUGUUGGGCCUCCCGGUACUGGAAAGACCCUUCUUGCCCGUGCCGUUGCGGGUGAAGCUGGUGUCCCCUUCUUCUACAUGUCUGGAUCUGAAUUCGACGAGGUGUACGUGGGCGUUGGUGCCAAGCGUGUCCGUGAGUUGUUCGCUCAGGCUCGCGGCAAGUCACCCGCGAUCAUCUUUAUCGAUGAGCUGGACGCGAUAGGUGCUAAGAGAAACGAAAGGGAUGCCUCAUACGUGAAGCAAACCUUGAACCAGUUACUCACCGAACUUGAUGGAUUCUCGCAGUCUACCGGAGUGAUCAUUCUUGCUGCGACCAACUACCCGCAACUGCUGGAUAAAGCGCUUACCCGACCUGGACGAUUCGACCGGAAGGUGACCGUCGGCCUCCCCGAUGUCCGGGGUCGCAUGGAUAUCCUUAGGCACCACAUGAAGGACGUGCAGAUCAGCACUGACGUGGAUCUCGCAGUGAUUGCGCGUGGCACUCCCGGGUUCUCCGGCGCUGACUUGGAAAACCUGGUCAACCAGGCCGCCAUCUAUGCCAGCAGAAACAAGCAGAACAAGGUGAUCGCCAAGGAUUUUGAUUGGGCCAAAGACAAGAUUAUGAUGGGAGCAGAGGCUCGCAGCAGGAUCAUCCAGGACAAGGACAAGCUUCUGACCGCCUACCACGAAGCUGGCCACGCCCUCGUUGCUUACUUCUCUCCGUCCUCUACACCGCUGUACAAGAUCACCAUCGUUCCCCGCGGAAUGGCGCUGGGUGUGACGCACUUCCUGCCCGAGAUGGACAUGGUCUCUCGGAACUAUACCGAGUACUUGUCCGAUAUUGACGUUUCCAUGGGUGGUAAGGCCGCCGAAGAGCUCAUCUUCGGGCCUGAUAAGGUUACGAGCGGCAUCUCAGCUGACAUUCAACAAGCCACUGAGACGGCUUUCACCUUGGUCACUCGAUUUGGAUACUCCAAGAAGCUCGGAAAUGUUGAUCUCUCCACGAACUACAACAGGUUGUCGUCCGAGACCAAGCAGGAGAUCGAAAGUGAAGUCCGGCGUUUAGUUGAGGAGGCCAAAGUGCGCGCCCAGAACAUCCUGACCGAAAAACGGAACGAAUUGGAACUCUUGACCCAGGCUUUGAUUGAAUACGAGACACUCACGAAGGAAGAAAUGGAGAAAGUCCUGAAGGGAGAGAAACUCGAGAAGUUGGAACUGCCGUCGUCGUCGCCGCCACCUCUUAAACUGCCUGAGGCUCUACAGGCGACACGACUAAGCAAAUCCGAUGAAGAACCCCCGGCAGCUGCCGAAUAA